GGCGUUUGUUGCGCUAUCUUCGCCACCAUUGUGGUGGUCGAGUCUAGAUCGUAACUGACACAUUGCGAAACCUCGCAUACACUCCGGCGGGUGACGCUGCCCGGUGUCCCUUAAGAGCCCCACGAUGCCUCCUCGCAACACGUUUGACACGUGAUGUCAUUGCACGUUGUCCCUUUUGUUUACGUCACCGGGCGGAUGGUGCAGGAAGUCGUUGGGAGAGCUGUGAUGUAACUUACUUUAGCUGGACCGCAGCAGCGCGGUGGUCCCGGUUGUAUAGCGGCAACAUGCGCCACGGUUAGUUUAUUUGUUGGCUUUGGGACGUCGAGUAUGUGGGCUAGCUCGAGCUUUGUAUAGCUGUCCUUCCCCCUUACCUACAAUGCAUAUCAAAGAGGAGACGAUAGCCAUUUUAAAGCAGUUUGACAUCGGAAACAAGUUCGCCUCCCUCCCGGUGCUGCCCAAAGCCUCGGUGCUGAUCCCACUGAUGGUGAAGAAUGGAGAGCUGUGCACCCUGAUGACCCUGCGCUCACAAGAGCUUCGGACCAGUCCUGGAGAGGUGUGUUUCCCCGGCGGGAAGAGAGACCCCAGUGAUGGAGAUGAUGUGGACACCGCUCUGAGAGAGGCAGAGGAGGAGAUCAGCCUCCCACCUGCUGAUGUUCAGGUGGUCUGCAGAUUGGUCCCCAUCAUCAAUAAGAGUGGUCUGCUGGUGACCCCGGUGGUCGGCUUCAUAGAAGAGUCCUUUUGUCCCCGACCAAACCCAGCCGAGGUCAGCGCUGUGUUCACAGUCCCUCUGCACCUCUUCACCAGUGACAAAGACCACUGUGCCACCCACAAUGCUGCUGGGAUGAUUCACUCUUUUGAUUUCGCAGACCCCGAUUCAGGAACCCAGUAUCAAAUAUGGGGCCUCACAGCCAUGUUUGCCAUACUGGUUGCUGCCCUGGCUCUCAGGAGAACACCUGAGUUUGAUGUUUUUGACUUCGAGGAUCCGUUAUCCUUCUUCCAACAGAUUCUACUUCGAAGAACUAGCAAACUAUGACGAGCCACUUUCCUGAUGUUUGUAAUGCCUUUGUGCUAAUAUAAAACACCUGGAGCCAGA